AUUUUUAGUAGAGACAGGGUUUCACCAUGUUGGCCAGGGUGGUCUCGAACUCCUGACCUCAGGUGAUCUGCCCACCUCAGCCUCCCAAAGUGCUAGGAUUACAGGCGUGAGCCACUGCGCCUAGCCUGUUCCAUUUUUAUAACUUCUAUUUCUUUGCUGAGAUUUCAAUUUUUCCACUUAUUUCAAGAGCAUUUGCAAUUUGUUGUGGAAACAUUUUUAUGAUGCCUGUUUUAAAAUCCUUGUCAGAUAAUUCUAACACCUGAGUCUUCCUGGUGCCGCCCUUCGUUGGUUAUCUCUUACUGAAAUGGUCGUGUCCCUGGGUCUCCAUGUGAUGAGUGAUUUUUAACUAUAUCUUCUCUCAAGGGUUUUCAUUCCAACGACAGUUCAGUUCUCAGAGUUCUUGCAAAGCUCUUCCGUGUCAUUCUUCUGGUGCUGCUGGGACUCCCACUCAAACCCUAAUCCUACCCCUACCCCUAACUCUGCUAGUGCCAUCUGCUGGCACAGAGGACGCCUCCUUGGCUGUCUGGGGCCACUGCCUUCUGUGGUGGUGGCACGGCUGAAGCCGACGGGCCCGGGUGGAGGGCAGAGACGCAGGGCUUCACUGAUGCUGUGCUGUCGGCAGCUUGGACCACCUGCCUGAUGGUUGGGUCUAGUCCCAACAGCAGCUUGAUCAGUGUGGGAGGAAACCCACAGCCUGCACCCUCCCCAUGUCUGGUGAUGCUUAGGCCAGCAAGGCAUUGGCUGCUCUGCUCACGGAUGAGAGGCAGAGCUGCUGAUUCGCUCUGGAAAGGCUGUGGCUGUCCCCAUUGGCCCCUGGAGGUCCUUGGCAGCUCCCACUUCUGUAUAUGUGACUCUGGGCUGUGACCUAUGCCAUUGCCCCAGCUAAGCAGCGAGAGCUUGCUGAAGCCCAGAGGGUUGUGGGACCAUGAAGGCAGCUCUCUGGACCCUGGGACUCGGGCCCCUUCUUCUCAAUCUCUGGGCAGUCCCCAUUGGUGGACCAGGUGCUCUGAGGCUGGCGUACAGACACAGCACGUGCGACGGAGUGGUGUUGGUCCGACACCAUGGGGCAUGGGGAUACGUGUGCAACCAGGAGUGGACGCUGGCAGAGGCCUCUGUCGUGUGCAGGCAGCUGGGCUGCGGCCCUGCCGUGGGCGCCCCCAAGUAUGUCCCGCUGCCUGGAGAGAUGGCCCAGCCCUGGCUUCACAACGUGUCCUGCCGGGGCAAUGAGUCCUCCCUCUGGGAGUGCAGCCUUGGCUCAUGGUGCCAGAGCCCGUGCCCUCACGCAUGGGUGGUGGUCGCGCUGUGCUCCCACGGCACUUUCCGGGAGCUCCGGCUGGUGAAGGGCCGCAGUCCCUGCGCGGGACUCCCCGAGAUCAGAAAUGUGAAUGGGGUGGACCGCCUCUGUGGCCUGCAUGUGGAGGAGGCCAUGGUGUUCUGCCGGGAGCUGGGGUGCGGCCCUGUGCUCCAGGCCCCCCGCCGGGAUGUGGGCGUCGUCAGGAAGUACCUGGCCUGCAGGGGUACCGAGCCCACCAUCCGCAGCUGCAGACUGGACAACAACUUCCGCAGCGGCUGCGACCUGCGGCUGGACGCAGAGGUGAUCUGCUCAGGACACACGGAGGCCCGACUGGUGGGCGGCGAGCACCCCUGCGCCGGGCGCCUGGAGGUGAAGCGGGGCCUGACCUGGGGCACCGUCUGUGAUGCGGACCUGGACCUGGCCACGGCCCACGUGGUGUGCCGGGAGCUGCAGUGCGGGGCGGUCGUGUCCACACCCAAGGGCGCCCGCUUCGGCCGGGGCUUGGGGCCGGUGUGGACGGAGGCCUUCCGCUGUGCGGGCAACGAGUCGCUGCUGUUCCACUGCCCGCGGGGGCGCGGGAGCCAGUGUGGGCAUGGCCACGACGCAGGGCUCAGGUGCUCAGAGUUCAGGAUGGUCAAUGGCAGCAGCAGCUGUGAGGGCCGCGUGGAGCUCCAGGUGCAGGGGUCCUGGGCACCCCUCUGUGCCACCCACUGGGACAUAGCAGAUGCCACCGUCCUCUGCCACCAGCUCAACUGCGGCAACGCGGUGGCCGCACCUGGAGGAGGCCAUUUUGGGGACGGGGACGCUGCCAUCUGGCCUGACGCCUUUCACUGUGAGGGGACAGAGCCCUACUUGUGGAAUUGCCCAGUAAGCACCCUGGGGGCCCCGGCCUGUGCCCCGGGAAACACAGCCUCCGCGGUCUGCUCAGGUCUGCCCCACGCCCUGCGACUGAGGGAAGGACAGAGCCGCUGUGACGGCCGCGUGGAGGUCUCCCUGGAUGGCGUGUGGGGCCGCGUCCUGGACGAUGCCUGGGACCUGCGCGGCGCGGGCGUGGUGUGCCGGCAACUCGGGUGCGGAGGGGCCGAGCAAGCCUAUGACGCACCUGCCCCCAGCCGCGGAUCCGUCCAGGUGGCGCUGAGCCGCGUGCGCUGUCUGGGCACCGAAACCCGCCUGACACAAUGCAACGUGUCCGCGACCCUGCAGGAGCCCGCGGGGACCUCGCGGGACGCCGGCGUGGUGUGCUCCGGUGAGGGCGGAACCGCGUCCCCCAUGGCCCGUCGCCACGGGAUCCCGGGCGCCCUGACUCUGUCUCUCCACAGGGAGCCUCGGGGUGCGGCUGGCCGCGGGGCCGGGGCGUGUGCGGGGCGCGUGGAGGUGCUGCACGGGGGCGCGUGGGGCACCGUGUGUGACGAUGCCUGGGACCUGCGGGACGCGCACGUGGUCUGCAGGCAGCUGGGCUGUGGCCGCGCCCUGAGCGCCCUGGGGGCCGCACACUUCGGAGCCGGGGCAGGGCGCAUCUGGCUGGACGAGCUGGGCUGCCAGGGCCACGAGUCUGCGCUGUGGCAGUGCCCGUCGGCGGGCUGGGGGCGGCACGACUGCAGGCACAAGGAGGACGCCGGCGUCUUCUGCUCAGAGUCGGUGGCUCUGAGGCUGCGAGGUGGGACCUGCUGCUGUGCUGGGUGGCUGGACGUGUUCUACAAUGGGACCUGGGGCGCCGUGUGCAGCAAUGCCCUGAAGGACCUCUCCUUGUCCAUCAUCUGCAAGCCUGGGGUGUGGGGAGUGGGGCUGGCUGGAGAACAGGCCCUUCCCCUCUGCGGGCACCGGGACCGCCUGGGUGGACAACAUCGAGUGCCGCAGGCUGCCCAACUCCACUCUGUGGCAAUGCCCUUCCCACCCAUGGCACCCGCACUCUUGCGACCUUCGAGAGCAGGAUUGUCAGCGGACAGGCCACAGGCUGCUGGGGAGCCCCUCAACUGCUCCUCCUCGCUCGGCUGCCCAGAGGAGGGCGCACUGCGCGUGCGCGGGGGCGAGGACCGCUGCUCCGGGCGCGUGGAGCUCUGGCACGCGGGCUCCUGGGGCACCGUGUGCGACGACGGCUGGGACCUGGCGGACGCGGAGGUCGUGUGCCGCCAGCUGGGCUGUGGUCGGGCCGUCGCCGCCCUGGGGGCCGCCGCCUUUGGCCCUGGCUCCGGGCCCGUGUGGCUGGACGAGGUGGGGUGCCGGGGCAGCGAGGCGUCCCUGUGGGGCUGCCCUGCGGAGCGGUGGGGACGCGGAGACUGCGCGCACAAGGAGGACGCGGGCGUGCGCUGCUGGGGUGCCCCGGGGACCGCUGUGCUGCCGCCGCCGCUGGCCCCUCCCUUGGCCCCUCCACCUGCCCACAAGGCCUGGGCCCUGCCUGAGAUCACCUGCCUGGUCCUUGGCUCCCUCCUGGGCAUCAUCUCCCUGUUCCUGGGGACACAGUGGUGCCACCGCAGAGCAGCCUGCCGGGGUUGGGAGAUGUCAGGCCAUCUGUCCUCAGAGGGUGUCUAUGAGGACAUCGGAGACUUCCCCAUGGGGGAGAAAGACGAGGGACCUGCAGCAUCUGCGGACCUGGGCCUGGAGGAGGACUAUGACGAUGCGGGAGAGCCUGAGGACGGCUCUGGGGAGGAGGCGGAGGAGGCCAGCGUGCUGCUGAGCCCCGCAGGUGUGCACCUCUGUGCCCUGGCGUCCACGGCGCUCUUCCUGCUGUACUGCUCCGAUGCAGAGGGCACUGCUCUGGCCAGCGCCUACAUCGAAAGGACCUGAGAGCUGCUGCUCGUGUGUCCGUGACUUUCUCUCCUGUCUCAGGCCUGAGGCAUUAGGACUUUUGGCUGUCCUUUCGAAGCUGCGUCUCCCAGUGGGUAGAUGUGGACUUAGGGAGGUCGUAGGUCCAUAUUUGGGUUACUUUUGCAGCUGUGCAGUGUCCUUCCAGCACCUUGUCCCAGUUGGCUGCAGGAGGGGCCCUGGGCAGCCCAGGUCACUGUGAGAAGCCAUAUCACUGUCUCCCGACCCACCGUGUCCCAUCCUUGUCGCUUUGUGGCUUUGCUUCCCAGCCAGAAACAGGACAUGAGAACUCCUGGGGCUUUGAGAAAUUGCUCAGCACCCCAGUGGACCCUGUGUCUGUCUCCCUAAACACAGGUGGGGCUCCUUUCAGCCUGGGUCCCGAAGCUGAAGCUGGGAUGGAAGACCAUGGUGGCCUCUGCCCCAGGACGUGAUGGCCUGGAGCUGACGGUGGGGAUGUCAGUGUGUUGAGAGAGUGGGAUAAACCAGGGAGGGCUGGGGUCUUCAUUGUCCUCACUCCCAAAACAGAUGUUAUUAAACUCCCUUUGAACUCACUCAUGCAUCAUUAAUUCAACCCAGAAACAUUCAACAGACACCACCAUGGUCCAGGUUCUGUUCUGGCCCAGCCGUCUGCCUCAGCCUGGUCCUUUGUCUUCUCAU